AUGGCCGUCUUAAAAGUGACUUUCACAAAGACUAAGAGGGGCAAGCUCGCCCAGGUGCUAUGGGUUCUCAACUGGGUUUCUGUGGUGACGGGCGUCACCCUCUUCAGCCUGGGUCUUUUCCUCAAGGUGGAGAUCCUGAAGCGGCGAGAGCUGAUGUCAGAUGACAUACACUCGGUGCCCAACAUGCUCAUUGGUGUCGGCCUGGCUGCCUGUGGGAUCAACUUCCUGGGUGGCAAGAUCUGCUAUGACUGUGUGGAUACAACCAAGUUUCUACGCUGGAAGCUGGUGAUGCUGCCCUACAUCAUCUGCACAUUCUUCUUUACUUUCUGUAUACUGGUGGGGGCACUAAUGUGUUACAGCAUGCACAAAGAGCUGGAGGAGUCACUCUUCCUGGGAUUGCGUGAUGCCAUGCGUUACUACAAGGACACGGACACACCAGGUCGGUGCUACAUCAAACGCUCUGUGGACCUGCUGCAGAUCCAGUUUCAGUGCUGUGGUAAUAGUGGUUACCAUGACUGGUUUCAGAUACAGUGGAUCAGUAACCGCUAUCUGGAUAUGACUCGCGGAGAGAUAGCGGACCGUUUGCGGAGCAACGUGGAGGGGAAGUACCUUGCUGACAGCGUACCCUUCAGUUGUUGUAACCUCUACUCACCCCGACCUUGUAUCCAGCACCAAGUCACCAAUAACUCGGCUCAUUAUAACUAUGACCACAAGUCGGAGGAGCUAAACCUGAACACGCGGGGCUGCCGUCAGGCUCUGUUGGACUACUACACACAGAUCAUGCAGUCCAUCGGCUUCAUCGUACUCAUCAUCUGGCUGUUUGAGCUGUCAGUAUUAACAGGGGUGCGUUACCUGCAGACCUCCAUGGAGAAUGUGCUGAGGCUUGGAGACCCUGAUUCAGAGUCUGAUGGCUGGCUCUUGGAGAACAGCAUUGCCGAAACCGCUCGCUACAACUUCAACAUCAUUAAGAACCUGGGCAAGUGCUACCAGGUGGACGAUGACCCAAACAUUGAUGUUCCAACAACCUCCCAGAGUGCACAGGGCAAUGUACCAACUGGAAAACUCCCUAUGGCAAGCUAA